UUUAGAUCCCUGAACCAAAACCCUAGCUGCCAAAUUGUUAUCACAGACUGCCGCAUCCAAGUUUCGGAGAUUCGCUCCCGUCGCCGGCAGUUAACAGCAUCAAAUCAUGGCUACCGAACAACUCUCAUCCCGUCAGCUCUCUCAAAAAGAAGCUGACAUCCAGAUGAUGUUGGCUGCUGAUGUCCACCUCGGUACCAAGAACUGUGACUUCCAAAUGGAACGUUAUUGCUUCAAACGCCGCAACGAUGGUAUUUAUAUCAUUAAUCUUGGAAAAACUUGGGAGAAACUUCAACUAGCUGCCAGGGUCAUCGUUGCAAUCGAGAACCCCCAGGACAUUAUUGUUCAAUCUGCAAGGCCUUAUGGACAGAGAGCCGUUCUUAAGUUUGCUCAGUACACUGGAGCUAAUGCUAUUGCUGGAAGACACACUCCUGGAACCUUUACUAAUCAAAUGCAAGUUUCCUUCAGUGAGCCUCGUCUUCUCAUCCUCACUGAUCCUAGAACUGACCACCAGCCAAUCAAGGAGGCUGCUCUUGGAAAUAUUCCAACUAUUGCUUUCUGUGACACUGAUUCUCCUAUGAGGUAUGUUGACAUUGGAAUUCCCGCUAACAACAAGGGGAAGCAUAGCAUCGGUUGUCUCUUUUGGCUUUUGGCUAGGAUGGUUUUGCAGAUGCGUGGUACUAUUCGCCCUGGUCUUAAGUGGGAUGUGAUGGUUGAUCUCUUCUUCUAUAGAGAACCUGAAGAGGCCAAGGAGCAAGAGGAGGAUGAAGUUCCUGCUCUAGAUUAUGCCAUUGCUGACUUCAAUGCUGGUGUUCCAUCUGAUGGUCAAUGGCCUGCUGCAAUUGAUCAGCCAUGGACUGAUGCAGCACCACAGCCCAUUCCAGCAGCUCCUGGUGUCAACUGGGCAGCUCCAGAAGCUGUUGCAGGGGACUGGGGUGAAGCUGUACCACCACCACAACAAAUUCCCACUCCUGGAGUCGAAUCUGUGACAGCAACUGGCUGGGAUUAAAAAUAGUUUUUGAUCUUAUGAUGUUCCCCCUCAGUUAAUUUUACUUCCAUUCCCCUAAAGUAAAAUUUGGGUCAGUUUUUUUGUAGCUUAGUAACAUUUUCUUCUAGUAUGUUAUGGGUGGCAGAAACAUUGUUUACUUCCUGAGAUAUUAAGUAAAAUUGUACUAUUAUUUUUGCAGUUAUAAGAUUUAACUUGCUGUUUGCAUUUUA